AUUCCUGGUCUUGUAUGGAGUAGUAUGUUUGCAAGUGCUAAAUCUUCAGUGCUACUUGAGUUUUUACUCUCAUUUAUUUUACAUUGUGUUGAAGGAACAUUAUUCAUUAUUGUUUAUAAAUUCCCAAGCAGUCAAUUGUUCUGGGGGUUUUUAAAGAUGUGACUAAAAUACUUACAAGAUGUCACUAUUGAUAUCAUUAUAUCUGGUCGUACUGUAUCUGUAUAGUUAGAAAAGCCAGUCAGAAUCUAUAGAAGGGGAGAAACUGCACUGAAUUUGAAGCAGGAAAAUUGAUCUUUUAAAAUGAACCUCUGGUUUCAGUAAAAAUGGAUUAUCAUGACUUGGGGGAGCUCUUAGUGUAUAAAAUACUCCGCAAACUUAUGGCAGAAGGGUUGCUAUACUAUACAUGUGGCGAAGCUCCAUAUGUUUAAGAAUUUUUUUACUUUCCUCUGUUAGAAAGUUUUGAAAAAAGACUUUGAAGUAUUUUGUUUAUACUAACAGACAAGAAAAGUUCUCCUAAGAAAAAGCUGGUGGCAGGAGUGUAGAGGAGUAGCAUAUGGCAUUAAAAGGAGCACAGCUGGAGGUAGCAUUUCCAUCUGAACAUGAUGUCAGAGCAGCUGACAGCCUGCCAUCCCUCAGCCUUUUAUUCUAACACACAGACAGGGAGUGAGUGUGUUUGCAGAUCUGUGUGUAGGGAAGGUAUCUCAUUCCUCUCUAACAUCAUCUCCACUUUGCAUCUGUCUCUCUCUUAGUCUGCUUUUUUUCCCACCGAUCUUAACAGACCUGGAGCCAGCAAGACUCGGACAAAAGGACUUAAUCAGGUUUAUGUGUGCUAAAGGUUAUGAAGACAGCAUGGAGUUUCCUGACCAUAGUAGACAUUUACUACAGUGUUUGAGUGAGCAGAGACAUCAGGGUUUUCUUUGUGACUGUACUGUUCUGGUAGGAGAUGCCCAGUUCCGAGCACAUAGAGCUGUACUGGCUUCGUGCAGCAUGUAUUUCCACCUAUUUUACAAGGACCAGCUGGACAAAAGAGACAUUGUUCAUCUGAACAGCGACAUUGUUACAGCCCCAGCUUUUGCUCUCCUGCUUGAAUUCAUGUAUGAAGGGAAACUCCAGUUCAAAGACUUGCCCGUUGAAGAUGUGCUAGCAGCUGCCAGUUAUCUCCACAUGUAUGAUAUUGUCAAAGUCUGUAAAAAGAAGCUGAAAGAAAAAGCCACCACAGAAGCAGACAGUACUAAAAAGGAGGAAGAUGCCUCAAGUUGUUCUGACAAAGUAGAGAGCCUUUCUGAUGGCAGCAGCCACAUUGCAGGAGAUAUACCCAGUGAUGAAGAUGAAGGGGAGGAUGAAAAAUUGAGCAUUCUGCCUAGCAAAAGGGACUUGGCGGCUGAGCCUGGGAACAUGUGGAUGAGAUUGCCCUCGGACUCAGCAGGCAUUCCCCAGAGUGGCGGAGAGGCAGAGACACACGCAACAGCAGCUGGAAAAACAGUAGCUAGCCCCUGCAGCUCAACAGAGUCUUUGUCCCAGAGGUCUGUCACCUCAAUGAGGGAUUCGGCAGAUGUUGACUGUGUCCUGGACUUGUCUGUCAAGUCAAGCCUUUCUGGAGUUGAGAAUCUGAACAAUUCCUAUUUCUCUUCACAGGACAUGAUUAGAAAUAACCUGGUACAGGUGAAGGUGGAGAAAGAAGCUUCCUGUGAUGAGAGUGAUGUUGGCACUAAUGACUAUGACAUGGAACAUAGCACUGUGAAAGAAAGUGUGAGCACUAAUAACAGGGUACCGUAUGAGCCAGCCCAUCUGGCUCCUAUGAGGGAAGAUUCUGUUUUGAGGGAGCUAGAUAGAGAGGACAAAGCAAGUGAUGAUGAAAUGAUAACUCCAGAGAAUGAGAGAGUUCAGGUGGAAGGGAAUAUGGACAGCAGUCUGCUCCCUUAUGUCUCCAACAUACUUAACCCUGCAGGCCAAAUUUUUAUGUGUCCCCUGUGCAACAAAGUCUUUCCUAGCCCCCACAUUCUUCAGAUACAUUUAAGUACGCACUUUCGAGAGCAGGACGGGAUCCGCAGCAAGCCUGCCACUGAUGUCAAUGUCCCAACCUGCUCCUUGUGUGGUAAGACUUUUUCUUGCAUGUACACCUUGAAACGACACGAGAGGACUCAUUCAGGGGAAAAACCCUACACUUGCACCCAAUGUGGAAAGAGCUUCCAGUACUCCCACAAUCUGAGCCGCCAUGCCGUAGUUCACACACGGGAGAAGCCGCACGCUUGUAAGUGGUGUGAGCGCAGGUUCACACAAUCUGGAGACCUUUACAGACAUAUUCGGAAGUUUCACUGUGAGCUGGUGAACUCAUUGUCUGUCAAAAGUGAAGCACUGAGCUUACCUACUGUCAGAGACUGGACAUUAGAAGAUAGCUCACAAGAACUUUGGAAAUAGAAUUUUUAUAUAUAUAAUUAAUAUAUAUAUAUAAAUCUAUAUAGUUGUGGUACAGUCUAAAAGCAGUCUUGUUUCCUUGAACUGAAAGUUUGGCCAUUAGCUUGUUUUAUGCACUUUAAGGCGGCAUGAACAUUUCACUAUUUAGUGCUCUGAUAUGAACUAUAGAAAUAAGACUAAUAAAUUUCAUUAAUUUCCCCAUAUUUCCCCUUAAAGUAAGUACUUCUUUUAAAUAAAGCUGCAAAUGAACAAAUGUGAUUUUAGGUUCUAUUUAACCUUACUUGCAACACUGCACCAUUUCAAACUCCAUUUAAAGCAAAAGAGUACUCCCUUCCAGUGUUUUUAUCAAUUCGGUUACAUUUUUAAAAUUGCAUGCAUAUUUUCUAGCUGUGGGAAACCUGAAUGCUUUUAGACCCAAGUGAUAAAUUUCUGAAAUGCUGGAGUAUCUAUUUUUAAACAAGCAGUUGCAAUAUUAUUGUAAUUUGUGGAUUACAACAGUUCCCAAUUUUUUUUUUUAAAAAAAAAGACCAUCACAGAUUUUUUUAAAAUACACUGGAAUUGCUGGGACUCUGUUAAGGUAUGCUUGGGAUGAAAAUGGAUGUUGCAACCUCAACAGUUGCAAACUGCAUUUAAAAAUGUGAAUUACUGUUGUAUACUGUAAUUGAUUAAAUGGGCUGGGGGGGGUGUCAAGGAAAUUGACAAGUUGUGUUAAUGCGCUCUCAGUUGAGUCUUGAAAAGUAAAUAUUAACGCUACGGAAAUGCAUGCGUUUCAGUAUAUUUUUGUCUUUGUUUGCAUUGUAUAACUUUAAUGAGUGAGUUUUAAAACUUAUUUAAUUUUUUGUAGGAAAAAAACACCACUGGAAAAAAAUUGGUGUUAUGAAGAACAUAAAUGCACUGUUUUUUAUUUUAUAUAAUUUAAAUUAAUUGCCCACUGUCUUUAAGUUGAACAAAAGCUACAUGUUGAUUUUAGCUAUGUAAAGGAAGAUAGUAAUGUUUACAAACAGGCUUAGAGAUUUGCAUGUGCAGUGUACAUUUAUCAAGAAAAAAAAAUCUGAUUGCACAGAACCCAUGCCAGCGCCAACUUUUGAUGCAUACACUACCCAUAUGAGCAUUUUUAGAAUUCCUGCUGCACAAAUUGACAAUAGGUCAUUCAUUUUUCGCCCCUUGAAAAGAUUCUAUGGAGUGAAAAAGCCCCAGGCUGAAAGGACUAGAAAACCUUGAUUGACAUGGGGUGGGGUGGGGGAAAUGGUGGGAGAAAAGUUGGGGGAGGGUUUGUGAACUGUGUAUCCAAGCAGCAAAGACUGCAGCCUGACGUGUGGUUUUAAUGAUCAACACACAGGGCAAAAGCAUUUUGCACAGUGUUUGUUUUCCUGUCUUGCACUUACAAAUAAGGUCUAUGGGAGUAGCAUGGAAAAUUGUUUUUUCUUCUUUCUGCUUUGUUUAGAAUUUGAUCGCCUUAACUACUGUAAACAUAGCCUAUUUUUGUGCUUAAGAAACUGAAUGGAAAACUCCAUUGUGUAUUGCUGGACUGUUUUGGAAAUACUUUGGUCAAAUGUAUGUUAAUUUGGCUGUAAUGGCAUUUAAAACAAAAAAAAAAAGCUGUGAAAAUGGCCUUGGAGCAUUAUUUUUAGUUACUUGAAUAGUUGCUAGGUUUUUAAAAUACAUUCUUUUUAUUAAUUUAGAAAAGACAAUCAAUGUCUGGGAAAAUGGACUACUUUUGAAUUAUUAUUAUUAUUAUUUUUGUGGAUGUGAGUGAUUGUUUUUUGGGGGUGCCCUUUAGUUUCACAUUCUUUUUUUGGUUCUAAAAUUAGACUGACAUCUAGCUUUGACAAUCAUAGUAUGUUUUAUUUUCCUGAGGGGGAGGGGGAAUAACUUAUAACGCUGUUUAGUUUUGUACUAUUGGUGUGUUGGUGAAUUUUUAAACUGUGUGCUAACUGCAAUAAAUUAUACAUACUGAGAAAUCAAUUAGUAGUCUUCUCCCCUUUUUAAACAUUGAAAUUGCAGAAUGCUAUUGAUAAUACCCUACCUUUUGAUAAUGUAUUAUCUUUUUGUACAGAUUCCUAUUGAUUUGUGAAAUAAUCAGCUCACUGUUUGAAGUAGCUGUAAAUAAAAGUGGUUUCUAAUUGGCAAAUUAAACAUUUUAAGAUGCUCUAUACUAAAAACUACUGGUACAUUGUAAUCAAUGUAAAAAUUUCCACUGGAUGUUCAUAGAAACAAAGUGUGGUGUUCAUCACAUAACACCAUUCCAAGUUCUGUGACGGCACUAAGCGCUAAAUCCAUCAAAUAGACUUAUACCAACAAGAAAGUAGGAUGAGACGAGAAGGGGAACAACUGGCAAUUUGAAGAAAUGAUUGAUUAGUAAUUGGAAUCCGCAAAACAGAAAUACCGGUUAUCCCAAGUAGUUUUCACUGGUUAUGCUAGGUUACAAUUCCCCUUUUCAGUCUGGCAGCAUUAAAGGUUGUCUCUGUCAGAUUAAUUGGUAAAUAUAUGGUAUGUCUUUAGACAAAGUUCUGAAAACAUUCUAAGAGAAACAUUUCAGACAAAAGUAUAUUACUGAUUAUCUAAUCUAAAAGUUGUCUAUUACACUAGGGAAUGCUGUUAUGGUCUUAAUCAGUGUAUAACUAUUUUAAAAAUCUAUGCUAUGGCUCAAAUAAUAAUGAUAGACUAUUGUAAUAAAUAAAUUUAGAAAACAAACCUCUAUUACCAUUUGGUUAUGUGCAGUUUUCAUAAUACGUACUAGCUCACAUUCUAGUAUUUCAAAUACAUGACAUAACUUUAACAUCCAUAAACAAAAUUGCAUUUUAUAAAAUUGUAUAUCAUCAAUUUAUACAACCUCAUAAGGGAUUGUAUAUUCUUAGCGAGGUCUAUCUCAGCUCUGUGUUUGAACCUAUCCUUGUGAUUUUAAGAUAGCUUGUGGCAAGUAAAAUUUGGAUUGUCAGUCUAAAAAGUCCAGAAUAAAUUCUAAAGUGACUUAUCAUUUGAAAUUUUUCAUGACAAAGAUAUCUCAAGGAAUUUUGAGUUUAUUACUUGUAGUAGAAAUUUUGUUAAACUUAAUAAUACUAGUUUUUCUUCCACCCAGAUUUGAAAGCUCUGUAAGAACCCACCCAGGGUCUUAAACAUUUGUAAGAUGUUGUAAUUAAAAUGCAUAUCAUGUUCUGCAGGAUCUCAUUUAAAGAUGAGAAUUUGAGUAUGGUACUGAAAAGCUUCCUCUAAUGUUAAGAGCAAACACUUAGGUUGUGUAUUUAUGUGUGUACGACUGCAUAUAAAUCCAAAUUAAAUAACAUUUUAUUUCCCAGCUCAUUAGUGUUUCCAUAUCAAAAUAAAUCCUACCACAGAGUAUGCUAGGACCAGAAACGUAAAAUGUAUGGCAAAAUCUUCCUGGGAUGUGAAAGUGAAAGUCAAGAUUCUGGAUAUAAACACAUGCAAAGCUCUUUACUUUUGUCAAUAGAACGGGCAAUAAUAAGUCAACUUGGUAUAUUUUUUGAAUAACAGUUAAAAAAUGUCACUGAAGUUUAUUGCUUUAAUCUUAAAAAUCAUAGGAUAUGUUGGAUGAUUAUGUUUGAAAAGUCUUUCGGUGAAUUCACUUGGUCUUUCUCAUGUUAAAAAUAAUCAAAUUGCGGUCAAAACCUAAAUCUUUGUUUUUGUGAGCAUCAUAUAAGCAUAUUACUUUUACUACUAAUGAUUAAAAAAUAGCAUUUUGAUCUUUAGUUUGGAGCUAACUGUCUGGUGUGCACACACAAACAAAAACAGUAUGUAGAAAGAAAUGGGGAGAAAUUACUAAGCAUUCCGGCAGGAUGGUCCAGUUUUCCAAUAAAA